ACCAUCUUAACACAGGCAGCAUCGGAGCAGCAGCCGUCUCCGGAGGGGGGGGGGCACCGAGACCCGAUCCACAGCGGAGAACAGUCAGCCGAAGGCAGGAGGAAUGCACACGGAACACAGCGGAAAGUCAACAAAGACGCCGGGGCUGGGAAGCGGACCGAAGCGGGCGAGGUGAAAAGUGAACCGCGGAGGCAGACAAUGGAGGUUUCGGAGCGGGCCAGCGACUGAGAAGCUCCCGGGCCGAUGGAGAGGCGGGCCUUCCACGGUGUUUUUCCAAGGCCCCGCUGACAGCCAGGAGGGACUCCGCUGUCACGGCCGACCCUCCAGCCCGGCUCGUCACAGGUCUGCGCGGGCGUUCGUGAGCUGUUUCCCCGCCGGCGGACGCGACGCGCUGCUCGGUUCCGGAGCCCAAGGCGGAGCAGGACAAGCCGAUGAGUGACUGUGGGGUUCCGGUGGAGAUCAGCAGGCCACGAGGAGAACUCCAUGAAGGCUCAACAGGAAGGUGAAACGGCAGUUCUGUCUCAGCAGUGUUGGACUCGCUUCCUGGAAUCGUUUACCGAAUAUGGACUGCGAUGGACGCCGGAGAGAAAACACUACAGACUUUUGUUUUUAGUUUUGUUUUUUUUAAAUUAUUCUUUUAACCGUUUUUGCAUCAUGAUGCAUUUACGUAACAUUGACUCUGAAGCUCUAAAAAGGUUUCAUCCUUGCAUUUAAAUUAGAGGGCUGCAUUAUCCUGAGGAUUGACAUCUUUGGAUUAUUGCUUUGGAUCUUCAAUCUCAUGUUGCGACCUGCAGCUCCCAAGGACUGAAGAUUGUGUUGUAAUCCCUGGACCUAACAGUCAUUGCUGGAUUGGGAGAUGUUCCAGUUUAGUAAAUACCCCAUGGACAUUCUUGAAAUGCUGAGUGGUCACCAAGCUCAUCAGUUUAAAGGUCUUGGGUUGGACCGGCAGCUGAGCCACCAACAACAGGUCCAGUUGCAGCAUCAGCAGCAGCUCCAGCAGCAGCACCAGCCCAGCGCCGACAGCUCUGGAAGCCUUCUUUCGGGACUCGGACUCGGCUCGCUCCAGAGCUCUCGCAGUAAUGCCUUUGCCGACUCCUCCUCGUUGUUCGCCAAAAUGGGUGCGCCACCUUCAAUCUCCCACCAAAGCCAGUCUUCCUCUUCAUCUCAUAGAAAGUCCAGUAAGCUAAGCAGCAGCAGUAGCAGUGGAAGCGCGUCGGCAGGAUAUCCCCAGUUCCUGCGGCCGUUUCACCCGGCCGAAGCCGCGCUUGCACAGGAGCAGCUGCACUCUGGGAUGGGACGGUUUGACUUUGGUGGGAGCAGCAGCACUGCAGUGGUCGCUCCCGCUCCCCCACCACCUCCACCUCUGCAUCCUGGUCUCUCUGUCCCCCAGCCAUCUCCCGGACCCUCCUCAUCCACGCCUUCUCCCUCCACCUCCGCUCCCAGCAACCCUUCCGGCAGCACGGCAGUACCCUUAGUAGGCCAGUCAGAUCCUCGUAGCCUCCAUCAACAGUUCAGCUGCAUGCUUGCUGCCAAUCAGUACUUUUUGUCUGGAGUCCCUACCAACAGCAGCCUUGAACAGUUCCUUGUCCAGCAGGGUACUCAUAACCACCUGGGUCUGGGUCUAAGUCAGGGCACCACUGAGUCCAACUCUGCAUUGGCCCCUCCCCCUGCCCUCCAUUCCUCCCAUAGUCAUUCAGCGUCACAGCCUCAGCAGCAGCAACAGCAGCUGCCGCCCCACGCCUUGUCUCACCCACACAGCCACACCCACCACCCACACCCUCUCCAUCCAGCUCCCCAGCCUGCCACCAUUAGUGGUUUUGAUUUCCAAGGCAUUCCAGUACUUUCCUCCAAUCAGAUCGCUUCCUUAAUGCAACAAGAGGCAGGCAUUCCUCUCCCUUUGCCGAUCCAUCUGUCCCUGUCAAAAGAGGAGGGGAAACAGACAGGUGACGCUUCGUCGUCCACCUCUUCUGGAGGCAGCCGGAGGAAGAAGGCAAUGGCCGGCUACCUUCCGCAAAGGAAGUCGGACAAUUCCAGCCACAGCAGCAAUUCUGUUGCAAACUGUCAGAGUAGCAGUUCCUCCCUCAGCCAGAGUUCCCCGUCAGGACUUUUGGGCGGCGGGUCUGGUCCGGUCAGAAUAAGUGGCAUGGGGAGUGAGCAGCAACAUUCCUCUCACCUCUCCUCGUCUGCACAACAGCCACCCUCCACCGUUUCUUCCUCUGCCCCUCAGUCGUCUAACUCAACAUCCGUGCUGGUUGCAAAUGGGAAUCAACAACUGCCGAAACUCCAUGACCGCCACAGUAACGGUUCCUCGAGCCAGCCUGAACCCGAGCCACUUUAUCACUGUGGCGAAUGUGGCAAGACCUUCACGCAUCUCUCCAGCCUUCGGCGGCAUUUAAGGAGCCAUGGUCUCACACCGGAGAGUGAGAACCGGAAGUCAGAUUGUAACUCGCCUAGCCCCGAAAGGAUAUUCUGCUGCGGCGAAUGUGGGAAGCGAUUCAAGAAGAGGGGUCAUCUGAUCCAGCACAGUGUCACGCACUCAGAAAACCGGCCAUUUGUCUGCACCAUCUGCCAAAAGUCCUUUAACCGCCGUGAGUCCCUCACGAGACAUGAGAAGAUCCAUGAUGAAAAGCCUUUCAGGUGUCCAGCUUGUGGCCGUUGCUUCCGCGAGAGCACUUCCCUAUUAAACCACGCUGCCUCCGGUGCCUGUGGCAAACCUCCCCGAAGCUCGAAAAGCCGAUCAAGCAAUGCGGAAGGAGUCUCAUCAAACCCUAGUAGUAGCAAAAUUGAAAGCAGUGGAAACCGAGUGAAUAUUGCGAAUGACGCCGCUGGAAUUACAGAUGACAAGUAUGCAGGAGAUUACUCUAGAAACCGUUAUCAGACCCAGGCGCCCUACAACACCGGGGUCGAUGAAUACAGACGGACACAAACUUCCACCAUGUACGCAUCGGAGAACGCACUUGCCAGCGACCUCACCAACCAAACUCUUCGUAAAGCCCCUUUAGCGCCUACGCUUCAUCCUCACCCUCAGAGUCAACAGCAACCCCAUCACCUCCACCAGCAACAGCAGCCACCGCAGCCACACCUGCCACUCUCCUCCUUGUUGGAUGAUUCAGAGGACGAGGUCACCAGCAGCGCCAUGUCGGCCAUUGCUGCCGCAGCCGCUGCAUCUUGUAACAUCAACACGGAGAGUCGAGAUGGUGAAAGAAGGGACAUCAUCGGGGGAUUGCUGGGGGGGUUGGGGUUUGGCAACCUUAGCGGACCCUCCUCCACAUCCCCGCUUAAUGGUUCUACCUUGCCUUUGUCCCAUCCCAGUCAGCAUCACACGAAAAUAAGUCGGCCCAGAAAGCACCGGGAGAAGAGGGACCCCAACACAGCAGUGAGGCGGAGGCGGAGCCCGGCGCCCCCGGGGGAUGGCUCAGAGCGUCCCUACGGGUGUCAGCUGUGUGGCAAGCGCUUCAGGAGGGCCGAGACGCUGCGGCGUCACAACCGGGUUCACACGGGCGAAAAGCCGCACACCUGUGAAGUGUGUGGGAAAAUGUUCCGCGAGCCCUUCCACCUCACCAAGCAUUUGACCGUGCACUCUGGUCAAAAGAAUUACAAGUGCAAUCUGUGUGGGAAAAUGUUUGCUUAUGCGCAGAGUCUAGUCAGACACGGGAAGCUGCACAGAAGAGGCGAGAUCGAUAACCAGGGAAGGAGAAUCAAGGGUGCUGCCGCCGCGGCCCUCAGUCAGGCGGCGAACACCGGAACCUCCGACUACUUUUCUUCAUGUUCGCAGGGAGAGAAGUCUCCGACGUCUGGCACUCCCUCCCAAAGGUUGUACACCUGUACCGUUUGCUGGAAGUCCUUCCGUCACUAUUUCCACCUGACAGCACAUCAACAAACGGCACAUGGAGGUGGCGUUGGAAUGGAGAAGUCAUUCCGGUGUGAAGUCUGUGGUAAGGCCUUCGCCUACUCCAACAGCUUAGUACGGCACAAACUGUCCCAGCACGGCAUCGAUCGCAAUGGUCAGAGGGUGAACCACUCGCAGCCCUCUGGAUAUUCGCCCCUUUACUUCGAUUCUGAAUCGAGCUCGAACUACGCAGGCGCUCCAAAUAUUCAGCAGCAAGUCGCGGGACAUCAGCAGCAGCAGCAGCAACAUCCUUUUCACUAUCGCUCAAAAAGCUUUCAGAAGCAGCAAGACUCGACAAAGAGGAACCGGAAGAAAAAGAGGAGGGUUGUCAUCCACAGUAUCAUGAGGGAUGGGAAGCUGGUUGGUGUGCCGCUGAGCAAAGACACCCGGAGGAAGCUGAUGUUGCUGAGGAGAAAGCGUGGCCGGCUACAGACCCAGUUAAAAAAGAAGAAGCUCUUGACCCAACUGAGGAUGAGGGGCAGUCAAAUCCAAGUGAAGUCCUGGUGCGGCGGUGCGGUCAAAGUCUCGGGGCUGACCUCAGUGGAAACCCCACUAAAGCGCUUCCCUUGCCCCAUAUGCCCGAGCACCAUGUACUCAAAGAAGGGCUCCCUGCUGGUUCACCAUGCCGUCAGACACCCACCCAGAAUCUCAGGCCGCCACGCCCGGCUGCAGUGCCAGGUGUGUGGCAAGCGCACCAGCUCACUGCACAAAGCCUUGAAACACCGGGCCCUGCACCUGAAGCAGGCCACAUUCCAAUGCCACAAAUGCCAUCACCGCUUCUGGAACGCCCAUCUCCUGUUGCGCCACAAGUUCUGCUGCCGGAGCGCCAACCUGCCCAACUGGGCACUGAUGAAAAUUAAGUCCCCGCCUCCUGACCAGUCCGACAGUGACUCCCCAGCUCUGCUCCCGCCUCAGAGGUCAACUGUGUUGACAGAGUACGGCUAGUGAGGUGUCCUCCAAAAACUUCUUUCCAACCACUGUGACCGGACAGAGCUUCACACAGAGCUGAUGUAUGAGAUGGUUGUGUCGGCAUGGACUUUGAAAAAGCCAACUCUCUGCCAACCACUCUCACACCCCCAUUCCUGAAGGAGAAGGACGGUUUCGUAGCACCUAAAACUGCAUCCGGUUACUUUUCUAUACUUUUUUAAUUUGUAUUUUUUGCAUUAGCAGUUCUUUGCGCAUAAAAACGGACAGGCCUAUCAUAGAGGUGAGGUACCUUUAGUACUGCUUUAUUUUUCCAAGCUAAACUAUUAAACCUUUUAGUCCUGUAUGUUUGUUACCAGCGUUUACAGACGAGACUUUUGCCCUUGAGAUGAAUUCAUCCUUUGACUUUGAAAGUGGUUCCACAGCUGCUGAUGUCACAAAACGCGUUGCUGGUUACUUCCAUAGAACGACCCGUCGGUCUGAAAAUGGGGUGCAACAGAUGUGUUGGUGAUAUUUCUCCAUAAACACUACUUUUGUCUUUUUUAAAAUAAGUGUUUAACCAUAAAGUGAAAGUGUUGACGCAAAAAAAAAGUGUUCAUGUGUCAGGAUUUUAAAAGGAAAUAUCCCGCUGUGUGUUGUACAAUUCGUAUUAUAUUUUAUUAUAUAUUAAUUUUUUUUUUUACUCCCAAGUAUGAGUUCAGUUUAUCAUUGUUGAUAUUGUUCCGGUCAGUGUGUGGGGGGGCGGAGCAGUUGGUGUUCGUAAAACGACGGGAUGAGUGUAUGUAUUGAUGUGGCACCGCCUCCCUCACGGUUAAACCCGGUUUUGUAACAAACUUGUGUAUGCAUAGUUAUUUUUUUUAGGUCCUACUCAGACGUGUUCUUUCUUUUACCUUUUGUAAAACUAAAACAUGUAAUAUUAUUACUCAAAUACUCUACUUUUCUUUGCCUCAAAGUGAGUUGUUCAAAAACCCCAAAUCAAAUUAAAAGAAAAAAAAAUCAAGUGUUCCACACAUUUUUUUAUACGUUUUUGCGUUUACUUUUUUUCUUCGAUAAGUCGAUAGCUGUCUUUUGGUUGGGUGGCCCCUCACAACAGUCGUCGUCCAUAAUGUGGCCCUCAAGCAAGUUUUAUUUCUAGACAAAGAGGCUAGAGAAGCAAAAAAGUAAUGCAGAUAAAGUACUAGUACGAUACUGGAAAUAUAUUGUAAAUGUUACAAUGUCAUAAACGUUAUGGAUUGUUGCAGCCAAAAUUGACUGAUUUUUAUGGCAGAUUUUUUUUUUUUUAAUGGGGAGAAAGUUUCAGUCAUUUAU